CGCGCAUGCGCCCUAGCCCACCCACCUAACCAGCUCCCAGCGGUGGCGGCGGAGGAGUUCGGAAGUUCAAAAUGGCCGCGGCGACUGUGGUGGAGUUGGGGAUGCGGGGGCGCAGUGUUGAAGAUGCUGAUAUUUCUGAGAGAAGUGCAAAUGAAGAAAAUGGGGAGAUUUCAGAAGGAGAUCAACCUCAAAUCAAGCACAGUCGACAUAAAAAAAAGAAACACAAACAUCGAGGCAAACAUAAGAAACAUAAACAUUCUUCAGAAGAAGAUAAGGACAAAAAGCAUAAACAUAGGCACAAACAUAAGAAACAUAAACGAAAGGAGGUUGCUGAUGGUUCUGAUAAAGAAGAUGGUCCAGCCAAGAGAACUAAAAUUGACUUCUUAGCUCCACUAGAAGACUUAGAGAAACAAAGAGCGUUGUUAAAAGCUGAACUUGAAAAUGAACUAAUGGAAGGAAAAGUUCAGUCUGGGAUGGGAUUAAUAUUGCAAGGUUAUGAGUCAGGUUCUGAAGAGGAGGGAGAAAUCAAUGAUAAGGUGAGAAAUGGGACAAGAUCUGCAACUAAGUCAUCAAACAUUAAGGGGAAACUAGAGAUUAUGGACAAUAAAACCAGUUCAAAGAAACGAAGUAAGAGUAGAUCAAAAGAACGGACUCGACACAGAUCUGAUAAAAAGAAAAGCAAGUCAGGAGUUGAUGGAAUAAAAGAGAAAGCAGCCAGAAGUAAAUCAAAAGAGAGAAAAAAAUCAAAAAGCCCAUCUAGAAGAACAAAGUCUCAAGACCAAGUAGGAAAGUCAAAAUCUCCAACCCUUAAAAGGCACUCACAAGAGAAAAAUAAAAAGUCUAAGUCUCCACCAGAAGAUAAGACUAAAGUAGAAGAUAAAAUCAAGUCAAGAGAUCGUAAAAAAUCUCCAGUUGUUAAUGAUAGUAAAAGCAGAGAUCGUGGCAAAAAAUCCAGGUCUCCAGUAGAACAAAGGAGCAAGUCCAAAGACAGAAGAUCGAGAUCAAAAGAUCGAAAAUCCAGGAGAUCAGAGAAUGAAAAAGAAAAGAAGCCAAUUAAAUCUCCUACUAAAGAUGCAUCCUCAGGGAAAGAAAACAGGUCUCCUGGUAGAAGACCUGGCCGCAGCCCUAAAGGAAGAAGUUUGUCUCCAAAACCACGAGAUAAGCCUAGGCGCAGUAGAUCACCUCUCCUUAAUGAUCGUAGAUCUAAACAGAGUAAAUCACCAUCUCGAAAUCGGUCUCCUGGUAGAAGAGCAAAGAGCAGAUCAGCAGAGAGAAAAAGAAGAGAAUCAGAAAGGAGGCGGUUUUCUUCUCCCAGAACACGAACUAGAGAUGAUAUCCUCUCUAGACGGGAGCGAUCAAAAGAUACCAGUCCACCUAGGUGGUCCCCAUCAAGAAGAAGAUCCAGAUCUCCCAUUCGGCGAAGAUCUCGUUCACCUCUUCGACGCAGCCGAUCUCCAAGAAGGAGGAGUAGAUCUCCUCGGAGAAGGGGUCGCCGGAGUAGAUCUCGACUUCGGAGGAGAUCCAGAUCACGGGGUGGUCAUAGACGAAGGAGUAGAAGCAAGAUAGAAGAUAAAUUUAAAGGGAGCCUUUCUGAAGGGAUGAAAGUUGAACAAGAAUCUUCAUCGGAUGAAAACCUUGAAGAUUUUGAUGUUGAAGAAGAAGAUGAGGAAGCUCUGAUAGAGCAAAGAAGAUUACAGAGGCAAGCAAUUGUGCAGAAAUACAAGUACUUAACUGAAGACAGUAACAUGUCUAUGCCUUCUGAACCAAGCAGUCCUCAAAGCAGUACUCGCAGUCGUUCAAACUCACCUGAUGAUAUUCUUGAACGGGUAGCUGCCGAUGUGAAAGAGUAUGAACGGGAAAAUAUGGACACUUUUGAGGCCUCUGUGAAGGCUAAGCACAACCUCAUGGCAGUUGAGCAAAAUAAUGGUUCAUCUCAGAAGAAACUCACAGCUCCUGACAUGUUUACAGAAUCAGAUGAUAUGUUUGCUGCAUAUUUUGAUAGUGCACGCCUUAGGGCUGCGGGUAUUGGAAAAGACUUCAAAGAAAACCCCAAUCUCAGGGAUAACUGGACAGAUGCAGAGGGGUAUUAUCGCGUUAACAUAGGUGAAGUUCUAGAUAAACGGUAUAAUGUAUAUGGUUACACUGGCCAAGGAGUUUUCAGUAAUGUGGUGAGAGCCAGAGAUAUGGCAAGAGCAAACCAAGAAGUGGCUGUCAAAAUCAUUAGAAAUAAUGAACUUAUGCAAAAAACUGGUUUAAAAGAAUUGGAGUUCUUGAAAAAACUCAAUGAUGCAGAUCCAGAUGACAAAUUUCAUUGUCUGCGAUUAUUCCGGCAUUUUUAUCACAAGCAACACCUCUGUCUGGUGUUUGAACCACUUAGUAUGAAUUUACGAGAGGUACUGAAGAAGUAUGGAAAAGACGUUGGACUCCACAUAAAGGCUGUACGAUCGUACAGUCAGCAGCUAUUCCUGGCACUAAAACUUCUUAAAAGAUGCAAUAUAUUGCAUGCUGAUAUCAAACCAGACAAUAUUUUGGUGAAUGAAUCUAAAACCAUUUUAAAACUUUGUGACUUUGGGUCUGCUUCGCAUGUUGCUGAUAACGACAUCACACCAUAUCUUGUCAGUCGAUUUUACCGGGCUCCUGAAAUUAUUAUAGGCAAAAUCUAUGACUACGGUAUAGAUAUGUGGUCUGUAGGCUGUACAUUAUAUGAACUUUACACAGGAAAAAUAUUGUUUCCUGGGAAAACCAAUAAUCAUAUGUUGAAACUUGCUAUGGACCUCAAAGGAAAGAUGCCAAACAAGAUGAUCCGAAAAGGAGUAUUCAAAGAUCAGCACUUCGAUCAAAAUCUCAACUUUAUGUACAUAGAGGUAGAUAAAGUAACAGAAAGGGAAAAAGUAACUGUCAUGAGCACCAUUAAUCCAACAAAGGACCUGCUGGCAGAUUUAAUUGGGUGCCAACGCCUUCCUGAAGAUCAGCGCAAAAAGGUGUGUGCGUGCAGGCCACAGCAGCAUGCCCUUGGUGUAGUCAGUGCCGAAGGGGGUCUGUUCCUUCUUGAGCCUGCCCGCAGGGAUGGUCUCCUCUUUUAAAGCAGGUUGCGUACAACUUUCAGUACACUGAAGGUAAGCUAAACCAUCAACAUCACUGGUGUUUAAGAUGUUAAUUGUACUGGAACAACUGACAAAUGAAGGGUCAAUAGCUUUGUAGCAGAAUUCCCUGCAUGUUUUAUAAAUGAUCUUGUUUUUGUUUUCUGGCAUUACUACUGUGGCAUAAUUCCAACUUCUGUUUGAUCAUCACAUUCAAAGAAAAAAAUUGGGAAGUGUGCACUUGAUGGAGAGAGCGCCUUCAGUGUACUGUUUAUUACUUUCAUUUUUUAAACAAAAUCAACUUGCUAUAUAGAAUUUAUACUUUUUGUUAUAUACAGUUCACUAUGGCAUAGAACCAGUACUUAGAGAUGUUUUCAUUUAACUAACAACAAAUGUUGAGCUCUGAUUCCAAAAGUCCUUAUCUUCUCAUGGCCAGAUAGAAAACACCAUAAUGAAAUUUUUAGCUAUUUGUAUGUCAUUUGAAAGUGUACUGCUUUAUGCUAAAGGUGUUUUUCAUUUGUUCAUUGUUUUCAUUAUUUGUGAUCAUGUUGUCUUUCAAUACAGGCAUAAACCUUCCACUCUUGAACAAAGCAGCUGCUUUUUAAAAGCGGUAAUUGCUUCUUUACCUUUUAUUUCUUUUGUAAAUGAAGCUUUCUUUAAGAAAUGUGACUUUAAAGUGUUGUCUCUUGCAUAAAACAGUUGACAUUCACUUAUUGUAAAGUGAAGAUUGUUCUGCUGCAUGUAAAGUGGACCAUGCAGAUUUCUGUAUGUUUUCAGUAUGCAUCAUUAGAUAAUAAAGUCUUUUGUGAACAAGGCAUUGGUAGCCAUUUUUAAAAGAUUUUUGUCUCCAGUGUUGCCGAUUCAGGUAAUCCAUAAGAAGAAAACUUUCAUUUUUGAUAGUCCAUUAAUUAAAGCAGUUACUAAAAAAUUUGAUCCUUUGAACAAGAUAUUAGACUCUUAAUUAUCUACAUUUCAGUAUAAAUACUACCCCCAACCCUGAGCAUCCUACAAAUAUCUGCUUUCAUUGUAAUGAAAUUUAUUCCUGUAGGUUAUUGGCUUGGAUGCAGGUUUUAACUAAUGUUUGUGCUGUUUUUCUUACUUUUCCUUUUUGAUGGUGCUGAGAGAGACAAAGGAAAGCAAGUCACAGGCCACUCAACGCCUACGCCAGGGGGUCUGGUUUGCUGAGACACCAACUUCACCUUCCUAACAAGGUUAUUUCUGACAGCAUGUGUAGAUAAACAUUUAGCAACAACUUAAACAAUAGUUCGUUGUUCAUCAUGAGGAUACCCAACUGAGUCGAUUAAUGUUUGCCAGUCCAAUUUUUGCAUUAAAAACAAUCUUCAUAACAUAAUGUUUUUAUAUCAUAUGUACUCCACAGGUAUAUGAAACACCCAGUUACUCGUUUUGUAAUACUUUUAACUUCAUAAAUAGAAUUUUUAAAAUCCAUAUAGGCACAUAAUUACAUCCAAUGUGCACAUUUAGUGCCAUCAGUCAUAUUUCUUGCCAGUGGGGUGCUCUCUGUGAGUUGUUCCCCACCACGGUAAAAUAGUGAACUAUGAAGGCAGCCGGUGAUGUUAACUGCCUAUUUUGAGUCUGUACGCUGUCUCUUCUACAAUUUAGUAACUUUAAAAGUAGGAAAUGUACUUCUCUGUGAACUUAUUUAAAAUGUUUCUUGUUCGUACAGGAGACAGAAUGCAGCUUUCACUCUCACUGAAAUGAAGAAGUAGAUUACUUGAUAGUUAAAGUAAUGUGGCACACUUCUUUGGCAACACCUCCAGCCUAUCUUGCACAUCUGGUGGCAGUCUGACACAGAUGUCAUAAAAUUCUGUUGCUUCCACCUUUGUUUCAUGUCCCUGUUUACAAAUAAUGAAACGAGUUGGUCAUGUCAACUCCAGUAGCAGCUACAGCCAACCUUAUGGCUACAGAAUUUUUAAACUACUCUGAAGAAAAACAAAGUUGCUUGUUUACUUAUUCUUUGUGUUAUAGGUGCUGCUCAAAUGAAGAUGAUGGCAACCAGAAGACUUGAACAAAGGUUUCUGUUCUAUAAAAGAUAUGAAAAACGUUCUUCAUUUAGUUAUGUCUAGUUUUUCUGUUCACAGCACACAGAUACAGGCUUCAUUUACACUUUUGCCAUGCUGGCAGUUCUUAGCAUAGUACUGUUGUGGCGUUUCUAUGUAAAAUGUGUCUGUUUCAUUUCUGGGUGAUGUAAUUUUGUUGUGAUAAAAGUUGAAGUAGGCAUGGUUGAAUAUGUUUUUUCAUGUUUCAUUAUAAUGCUUUAUCCCCCUAGGCAAGUGUCAAUCAAAUUUGAUGGUAAAAUAUAGGAUCACUAUUGUACUCAAAAUUUUGUGAGCAGAUAGUAUAGGUCAACAUCUUGAAAUGUCAAACCUUUGAGCAGCACAGAAUGGCUAUUGGUUUCAGGUCUAAUGAGCCAGCAGAGGUUCUGAAUGAGUAGAGUUACAAAGGUAGUCCUUUGUAAUGCAGUCGAAAUCCACAUUGUAGUGUGGUAGAUGACUAGACUAGUCUUUGCCUUUCCUUACAAUCCUGUUCAUGUUUUAAACAGAGUGCUUUUCAGAUCAAAACCAAGCUAAGCUUAACAAAACACCCAGACAAAUGAGAAUUAAAAAUCCUGCUUUUCUAGUGUUAUAUCAGAUGGGGAAAUACAUUUUAAGUAUGCCUUUGUAGUUGUUUUGCGCUGCAGUAUAGGUUGACAUAACAACAAAACUAAAAUUGGGAAUGAUUUUGAUAAAUUUGAUACUGAUACCUAUCUUUGCUAAUGAUGUGUUUCCCUUCCUGUAUAGGGUAAGUGGCAGAAAACCUCUGAGAAACAUUUGCAUGGCUUGAUGUGUGCUGAAGAGGCAGAUUGGUCUAUGAAAAUACAGAAUGCUGAUAUCUUUGACUGUAACCUAAACUUGUGCAUCAAAAUGUGAAGCAGCAGUUUGCUUUAAGAGAAUAAAUACCAAUUUUUACCAUUUAUUUUUAACU